UUAGGACGUUUACGUAUUCGUUUGUUCACUAGAUCCAUCGUUGGUGGACGGAUCCCUGUCAUGAAUUAUUACAACUAACAACUCCGUUUUUAUCAUCUCCAGCCGCUUUCCUCCUCACAAUCUGGUCCAUAUUACUUGAUGAACUCAGAAAAGACCAAAACCAUGGACAAACCGAAAGAGGCUAACCUGGACGAGCUCGCCGUGGGCGUGCUGCGCUGCGUACGCAGGCUCCUGGAACUGUUGGAGCGCUGCGUGCGUACCGACGCCAUGCAGACCAAAGACACAGCCACCAAUACUACGGGAAAUGAAACUGAUUCGACGGGAAAAGGGGACCAAAAUGAAAGCAACACUGAAGAAAAUGCAGCUGAGAAAAUUGGAGUGGAGAGUGAAUUACGAGACGUCCUGCAAGUUAUGGUCGGGACUCUGAGGCGUAUCGUGGACGAUCUGAAGAAGGAAGACAAGGAAAAGACAUCUCCGCUACCCUCACUCUUCGACAUAAGCAUCACCCCGUCUGAGAAGACCUUGUCAACUUCAGAGAACACGCCUGGCGACGCCAACGAAGAAAAUGUAAGGAACAACAACAACAAAAACGUCAAUGAAGAAUAUGUCAAGGACAAAGAUAGCGCCGAAGGGGAACAGCAAACGACUGACGCUAGUGAACAUGAGAGCAUAGAUCAGGAUGAGGGUAUUGGCGAAGAAAAGGAGGAACUCGUCAUACCUGAAACAAAUAUUGACGGAGUGUCCUCUCAAAUCGAAAACAAUGAUAAUUAUGAGGGAAACUCCGAAACAUGGAACGAAAUUCCAAACGACAAAAAAGCUGAGGAACGGCACAUGGAAGACGAAGAAGAAGAGGUGGAUCAGCCUCCGGUAGACGAGAACUCUGUGGCAGAAGCUGGUGAAGAAACGCAACCAGAAGCCGUUUUGGAAGGGGAAGGGGGAGACACUAUCGAACUGGAGGAGGAGGAAGACGACUCAGGCGAGGCAGCGGAUGGGGAACCCCAAUCGAAGGAAGGCUCUGGCGACCAUCAUCCACUCAUUGAAGAAAUCGACCCACCGGAGACAGAAGAACAGCUGGACGAGAGCCUUCUGCUAGACAUCGAGGCAGAGGAAGCAGCAUCCUUCAGUGCAGAUCCUCAAGCGGUAGCUGUUGAUCUGGAAAGCGAUAACUGGGAGCCAGAGUGUUGCGACAGAACUCAGUCCGUGACUGCGGUGGCUGCUGAUGAUACAAAUCUGACUGAAGAUGAUGACGCUGCUGACGAAUGCGGCCAAAAAGACGAUUUAGAACCAUCAGACAUGGAAUAUGACAGCUUCUUUCCGACAGAAGAUGAAGAUGUUUUACCAGUGGCUGAGAGUACAUCAGACGAAGACGCACCGGAGGUACUUGGGCUCUCUGCGGUACGCAUGUUCCGCAAGCACAUGGAGCUGGACAACGUAGAAGUCGAAAUGUUCCCGACGCCGCGCGCCCAACCAAGGAGACAUUUCUUCUACACGUGCCGCGUACUGGGUCUUGAAGCCGAAGCCUGUGGAAGAUCAAAGCGGGCAGCUAAAAGAAAUGCCGUAUCCAAGAUAAUACGUCUUAUAAUCAAGAAGCAGAAAGACGGAAGUUUGCCACCAGAAGUCACUCCCUUCACAGCCGAGGAGCUCGCUUCUCUGGCGGAGGCGUGCCGUGGCGGAGCGGACUACCUGUCGCGGCUUCGCCAACUAUGCCGCGCCCUUCACGCCCCGCCACCCACCUACGAUGUGCAAAGCUCCCUAGAAGCCGGCGGCAACAAAGUGUUCACCGUGCAGUGCUCCGCCCUCGGAAGAACAGCUGUCGGUAUCUGCGCAAAGAAGAGAUCAGCAAAACGUCAUGCGGCGCGGGAGAUCGUGAAACGCUACGAGGAGGAAGCGGCUGCGGCAGGUGCGCCGGUGACUCCAUCUGCCUUAACACUGUGAACAUUCAACGUCCAACAAACAACUGUCAAUGAAUAUGGACCACAACUAUUUGUCACUAUGUACUCGAUGUGUUUAAAAUAUAGAAGAGUUGGCACUUUCUCAUAAGGAAAAUGAGCAUGUUUAUUCGUCUUGUCAUUUUGAUUUAAUGUUCAUUGAGAUAAGUUCUAUGACAUCUUCAGACAUUAAUGUUGAGCCUGUAAAGCUAUUUCACCGUCAACGACUUGAAGUUUCUCUAAUAUACGUGUAUACAUUUCUAAUAUACAUGUACUUUUUUGUCGAUGUAAAUUUCAUUGCUGGAAGUAAAUCGCCGUCAUUUUCUUUUUUCGACAGCUACGUGCGCUACGAAUUCUGUUGUAGCAGACACA